AUGCAAGCACGUGGUGCACCGGUUCCACCGAUCGAGGGUAUACCCAUUCUAUUGCUCGCAGGCGAAACAGUGAGCGAAGAAGACGAUGCCUUCGCUCACUGGGUGCACUAUGUGCGUCGCCUCAGCAACAUUUUUGCUCAAAGGGCUAGUGCCCAUGCGGCGGAUGUGCGUCUCGAACGCAAUCUUCGGUAUGAUCAUGCCAAGCUUAAGGCCAGAGGCCAAUUGCGCAAGCGCACGCGCUAUGCUUCGGCUACUAAGGUAGCCGCGAGUGCUGGUCAGCCUGUGGCCAAAAACCCGCUAACCCGCACCACUAGUGGUGGGGAACGGCCUCGGUCUCGAGAUGACCAUGGCCACGAUGCUCAAAAGCCUCCAAAGCAUAUGGGCAGUCUUGCCAAAAGGGUUCAUCAAAUUCCCAUGAGUUUUCAGACUCAGAAUACCCACGCCACUUUACCAGCAAAGUCGGUGGCGGCCGGUGUACCGGUGGAGGCCCACGAGAAAUUGGUUCUCGAAGUGAAGGGUCUUCAAGAGGCCUUGGCAAUCCGGGUACCGCCCUCGUCGUCGGCGCAAGCGCCUCCAAGUUCACAUGGGAAGGAUCCCGGUACGACUUAA